CUAAACAAAAAAAAAAAAAAGAUAUGGCAUGGCUUUGGACAACGCUUGCUGUGCUUGUGGCUGUGUCUCUCAUUCAUGGCCUUGUAAAGAAGAUGAAAGGCAAGAAAUUGGCACCAGGUCCAAGAGGGCUUCCCAUUUUGGGACACCUUCACUUGCUUGGUAAAAAUCCCCAUCACGAUUUGAACAACCUAGCCAAACAGUACGGUCCUAUCAUGCAUUUGCGGUUCGGAUUCGCUGACAUUAUCGUUGCUUCGUCCCCUCAGGCUGCACAGCUCUUCCUCAAGACUCAUGACCUUGUUUUUGCAAGCAGACCACCUAGCGAGGCAGCUAAGUAUAUCUCUUAUGGUCAAAAGAAUUUGAGCUAUAGCCAAUACGGGCCUUAUUGGCGCAACAUGCGCAAGUUGUGCACACUAGAGUUGCUUAGUAAUCUUAAGAUCAAUUCUUUUCAAGCCACGAGAAGAGAAGAAUUGUGUUGUCUUAUUGAAUCACUCAAGCGAGCGGCUUCGGAUCGUGUGGCUGUUGAUUUGAGUUUUAAUGUUUCUGAACUAAUUGCAGACAUGAGUUGCAGGAUGGUGUUUGGGAAGAAGUACGAGAUGAAAGACCUUGAUGAGAGGGGAUUCAAGGGUGUGAUUAAAGAAGAUUUGCAGCUUGUUGGUAAAGUAAAUUUUGGGGAUUAUUUUCCUUUUCUUGGUAAGCUUGACCUUCAAGGACUCACAAAACGAAUGAAGGUUAUUUCCAAAAUCUAUGAUCAGUUCUUUGAGAGGAUCCUUGAUGACCAUGAACAAAGUGGAAGCAGUGAUCAUCAGACAAAGGAUUUUGUAGAUAUUAUGUUGUCCAUCAUGAUGUCAGGAGAAACUGAAUUUCAAUUCAAUCGUGAACACAUCAAAACUACUUUGUUGGAUAUGCUUGCAGCAUCGGUGGAUACUUCAGCAACGUUGAUUGAGUGGAUAAUGUCAGAACUUUUGAGACACCCACUAAUAAUGAAGAAAGUUCAAGAAGAAUUGGAAAGUAAGGUGGGUUUGGACAGAAUGGUGGAGGAGUCGGAUUUGGAGGGUUUGAAAUAUUUAGAAAUGGUAAUGAAAGAAUCCCUUAGGCUUCAUCCUGUGGCACCAUUACUUAUCCCUCAUGAGGCAAGGGAGGAUUGCGUGGUUGAUGGUUUUUACAUACCAAGAAAAUCACGAAUCCUUGUAAAUGUUUGGGCAAUUGGACAUGAUCCAAAUGUGUGGGCUGAUCCUGAGAAAUUCAUCCCAGAGAGGUUUGAAGAGAGCAAUAUUGAUUAUCGGGGGCGUGAUUUUGAACUCAUUCCUUUUGGUUCGGGUAGACGAAGUUGUCCUGGUUUGCACCUUGGAAUAACUUUGGCUCGGUUAGUAGUGGCACAACUAGUGCACUGUUUUGAUUGGGAAUUUCCAAAUAGUAUGCCAUUUGAAGAGUUGGACAUGAUUGAAGAAUUUGGUCUUGUGGUGACUCGUGCCAAUCACUUGAUGGUUAUUCCUAACUAUCGAUUACAUAUUUAAGUGAUUUAGUGUUAAAACACUCCUUUCACUACAUAAAUAAGGAAAAUACCAAACUUCUUAUAAAGCGGUGUAUAUCUCUCUGCUUGUAGCCCAAAGUUGAAACCCGAAAGUCGUCAACACUGCCGCUUUCUAAAUUAUUCGUAUUUAAAAUUUAUGUUGUGUCUUGUGUAAGGUCUAGAUAAAGUAGUGAAUGCUAAAGAAUGCUUCAAUUUGUUUCCAAUUCAUCCAAAAUGCAAGGAGUGUGCCUUGCUAAAAUGCUUUUGGAAAUAUGUGUACUCCGUUAAUGUAUGUUUGCAUUAUAUAAAAGUCUAUACUAGUGUUUACUGGUUUGAUGUUCA